UUGAGGUGCCCGUGCCUCACGUGGGAGUGCAGUGGGUUACCUUAAAGGGAAAAUCUGAUGAAACUGCUUCAAGAACUUGUUGUUACAUGUGAUAUCUUAGUGGAAUUUACCAGAAUAAAAAGGAGAUUCCUGACCUAGGAUCUGGAACAGAGCUGAAAAAACAUUAAUUCCUCAGGGUGAGAUUGCCUCUGUUCAAGGAAACUGUUACGUACUAGGAAUAGACAAGGUGUUAAAGACCACCCCAUCCACCCAGGCUACCUAAAAGGAAAACAAAUCCAACAUGGCAGAAUAUACAGGUUACAAGGAAACCUCAAAUCGACACCUACGAUUCAAAUUGCAGAGUCUCAGUCGCCGCCUCGAUGAACUGGAGGAAGCAACCAAAAAUCUGCAGAAAGCAGAGGAUGAGCUGCUUGACCUCCAGGACAAAGUUAUCCAGGCAGAAGGCAGCAACUCCAGCAUGCUGGCUGAUGUUGAAGCCCUGAGGAAAAGAGUCCUGAAGAUCGAAGGCAAGGAUGAAGAGAUUAGGAAGGCUGAAGAGCUUUGCCGGUUGAUGAAAGAAAAACUUGAAGAGGAAGAGAGCCUGACCCGAGAGCUGAAGUCAGAAAUUGAACACCUUCAGAGGAGAAUGGCAGAGCUGGAGAAGCUGGAGGAGGCCUUUGGCAGGAGCAAGAAUGACUGUACACAGCUGUGUCUUAGCCUCAAUGAAGAAAAGAACUUGACCAAAAAGAUAUCUACAGAAUUAGAAAUACUUAGAGUGAAAGUGAAAGAACUGGAAGCAUCUGAGGACAGGCUGGAUAAAACUGAGCAGAGCUUAACAGGCGAGUUAGAAAAACUGAAAUCCUUAGCACUGAGCUUUAUCACUGAAAGAAAGCAUUUUAAUGAAAGAGAAAAGCAGAAUGAAAAAAUAAUCCAGGAGCUAACACAAAAACUAGAACAAAACAAUAAACUAAAUAGGACAGAUCAAACUAGAAAUGCAUCCAACUUGCUAGAAAGGUCUUCAAAUAAUCUCCUGGACAGAAAUGAUUUGAGAAUUGAAGACGACUUGACCUCUGCAUUGCCCUCGAAGGAGACCAGGAGGAAGGGAAGUGUGGAUUACCUGAAACAUGUAGAAAAUGAAACCAGAAAUAAAUCAGAAAACCAAAAGAAUAAAAAUCAGGAAGACAACAAAGUGAAAGAUCUCACCCAAGAAAUUGAGAAACUUAAAACUCAGAUAAAACGUUUUGAAUCUUUAGAAGAAGAACUUAAAAAAAUGAGAGCCAAAAACAGUGACCUGCAAGACAGUUACUUGAGUGAACAGAAUAAAAACAAACUCUUAAUGGGUCAGCUAGAAGAAAUCAAAAUGCAAAUAAAGAAACAGAAAGAUCUGGAGAAUGGAGAGGUUGAAAAUGAAGAUACAAGCUUUUCUAGCAGGGGAAAACAUGACAGACCUAAGUACAGAGGUUUCACAGCUGAUUUGACAGCUGCCAGGCACAAGCCAAGGGAGCUCUCACCACAGCAGCGCCGGGAAAGAGCAAGGAACAGAGAUUUCUCUGUCAGUAACGACAGCUACAGCCACAGUGGUAAGCAGGGGUCAAGUCCAAGCCUAAUGAGCAGGAGAGGAGGAAAAGCAGGUACAUCUGCCCUUUCAGACACUACUGUGACAGAUAUGAAAAGACUAGAAGAGAAAUCUUUAGUUUCCACUUUUUCUUCUGGUCAGAAGGAAGGCCACAUCACUCAGAAUGAGGGCAAGAGAUCAAAAGAGCAGCCAUCUGUCCUCAGCCGAUAUCCUCCUGCUGCACAGGAGCAGAAAUCUUGGAAAGGACCUUCCAAACCUGUUGGUGACACAGGCCUGAGAUCCAAGGCUGAAAAGCCAUCUCGGGUGCUCCGUGGCAACUGCCAAACCAGUGCUGACACACGGGAUGAAAAGACAAGCAAAGGAGAAGCAGUAGUUUCUUUGGCUGAGAAGCUGAAAACAAGUCAGGCAGAAGUCAGUGACUGCUCAGAAAACACUCUGCUCACCAGGGGCAAUCAUGCCUCUUCCAAUGGGACAGCUUCGGGUUACAGAUACCACCUCUCCCAUGUGUCCACAUCAGACUCCACUGGCUGUAAAGCAGAAGCAGUGAAUGCUUUUGCUGCAUCACACAGACAGCCCUCAGAGGGGAGGGCUAAAAGAGCAAUAGUGUCCCAGGAAAAUGAAGUUACAGACACAUCACUUGAAAGUGCAAAGGUUUCAACACUAACAAAGUGUUCCCAUCGCUGCAGAAGCCAGGAAGACAUUCUGCAGACUCUUACAGGUCUUGAUAAAGAAGACACAGAGCAGUCUUCAGCUUCAGCAACAGAUCAGGUAAAUGCUGGCUUAGAAACAGACUCCAAAACCAUCCAGAGUAACCAGGAAAAAUUCAAUUCAGAUGAAGAAUCAGGAAGAAACAAAAAAACAACCACUCAAUCAGAUUUUGAGACAAGAAAGAAAGCAAGUUCCAAGCAGUUCUCCAAUUCUAGAGGAGUUUUUCGAGCAUCACUUUUUGAAAAUGACAAAAACACUACCAAUGAUGAAGAUUCCACAAAGUGUAUAAAAUCAUCCGAUGCCAGCACUGGAGGAUUUAAAUCCAAAAGGUCAUUCAGCCCAAGAGAAGCUCUGAGAUCAAAAGCUGUCAUUAAACCUGCAAUUGUUGAAAAGGAUAUGAAGGCAGUCAUGGGAGGGACAGUUGCUGAGGCAGAGUCGGAAAAGCAGAAGUCUGUUUUCAAAAUGGUAAAAAAUAAAAUGACAAGCAGCAUCACAAUCUUCCCUUCAGAGCCAACAGCUCCAAGGACUAGUGCAGAUACAGCAGCAAGGGAAAGGCUGGUUACCACCAGCAAUAUCAGAGUUGCUCCAAGUGAACCUUCACUAAUAACGAACAGUGUCCCCACACCCUUUGAGGUAUCAAUUAAUAAAAGUGCUCUGAAGUUAUCUGAGUCAGACAGAACUGGAGAAACAGCUCUGAGAAGUAAAGCAGAAACAAUGGUCUCCAGAAGCAGCAUUAUGAUAAAGUCUUCUGAGCACAUGGAGAGGGACAGUGAGCCACCUUCGGAGACAAUCAGCUGGAAGAGCCAUGGCUCUUCAGAUGCAGCUUCAUCUGAAACAAAACAUGUCACUGUGAGAAGUUCCUGGAGAACAAGACAAGGCUUACUUUCCCUGGAGGACUCUCAAACCAACGUGGAGAAACGUGCAGUUUCCAGUACUACAAACGUGUCUAGGUCCUCAGUAGACCUCUCUGAAAUGGAAGAGAACAGUGCAAGAACAAACUCACUGGAGCAGACCUCAGCAAGGACCACAGCAAAUCUCUGGAGUGCCCCGGAAAUGGGGUCCCGAAGGACCAAAAGUAACUUAAGUGCAUCUGAACUGCUAACACGCAGGAACUACACAAGUGAUCCCACAGCAGCUUUUCCUUGGAACCGGACCAUGGUACAUGAUGAAAGCAAAGAUUUUGUGCCCAGCUCCAGAAGAAAACAGUAUGGCUCUUCUGAGUACCUCUCCCAUCCUGACACACCAGGGAAGAGGCCAGCAGCCAAGGUGGGGAUGCAGGACCCAGAAUCCAGCCCCCGUGCAUCACUGGGUCUCCAAAUGGAGGAGCAGGAUGCUUCCCGUGCUUGCUGGACAACAUCUCGGAGAUGAGUUGUGUUCCCUUUCACUCAACAAACACGCUGCAAGGUGGAGCAAGGAGCAGGACAGGAGGCAGCUCAUGGGUGUCGCAGCUGUGUGUAACCUCUCCAGAGGCUUUAGCCAGCCUGAAACCAGUUUUCUAAUGCAAUUUUCAAGGUACAGGAGCUUUACCAGUGAAUUCUUUUUCUUCAUUCCUGAAGAGGCAGCUGCAGAGACUUCACUCAGGGGACUCUCACUUCUCAUUUCUGUACCUGCAGUCUUAAUCUCCUCCAUAGGAUGAUAGCUCUGUUUCCAUCUGGAAACCUGGACCACAGAGCUACUCAGAACACUGGUACUCCCUGCGUUUAGACAUGAUGCCAUAGGUACCCUUGUGAGUACAGUCCACCAGCCCAUGACAACUGUUUUACACUGCUCCACAACUGAAAGCUUUCAGUUCCUAGGGAGAGUUUGCAUUCUCCAAAUACAGCCUUGUUGACUGUGGACACCUCAGUACCUGCCUUCCCAGCACCUUCUGUCUUUAGGCAGCAGGAAACAAUUCCUCACUGAUUGCUUUACACAUUAAGAGGGAAAGAGAGCAGAAAAUGUUAUUUAGAAACAGUUUCUCCCCUAUUACCAUCAGUCUCUGCAAGAAGCUUUGCAUGACCUAAUCACCAGCUGUGAUCUUGCACCAAGAAGUCGCUUCUGAGCCAAACAAACAGCAGUUUGUGCAGCAGUGAAACUUCCUCCUUAUUUAGACUGGGGUGAUUUUUUUUUUUACCCAAAGCUUUGUGUCUACCAAUCACACUCUGCAGGCAACUACUCUGCUGCUUGUUCUUAGCAGUUGAGCUCUAAGGGGAAAAAGACACAGACAAGCAGGAUGUCCUUGUUCCUUCCACAAACAGGGUGGAGACCGCAGAAUUGGACUCUAAGCUGAGCUCCAGAAUGGCUACCUAGGCAGCCUUGGUCUGUGUCCCUCUUCAGGACCACCCCAUCUGCAAAGUCUAGGACCCAGAUAUGGUCAAUACAGAGGUACAUUACCCUGUCAGUGCCCAUGGGCCCCCGAGGGCAGAUGGCAUCACUGCUGGGGGAGGCACAUGCAGCUCCAGGAGGUGCUCAGGUAUUGGAGCAGCAGCUGCCCCAUGCAAGGUGAUUGCAUCUGGCCCACACAUUUGGAACUCUACCAGUUCUUCCUUUACAUUCCACAACCCAGCAGCAGGGCUGUGUCCUGUACACAACCACCACUGACUGUCUCCACUGCUUUCUUCUGCCUAUUGGAAACAGAUGCUCAUCCCUGGGGUGUGGGGGGACAGACAAGGACAACGCUGCAGAAGGGAGAAGGUCCCUUUGCUGUUUUGGAGGUGCUGUCUGAACCCAGCAGCACCCAUGUCUGAGUUGUACCCCACAUCUCACCUUCCAGACAAGCAGCUACCAGAGCAGUGCACAGCUAAAUGCUGUGUCUCCUCCCUGUAUCAACUACAUGCCUCAAUUCUGAGAGGGAAAUGAAUCAAAAAAAGAGCUGGUUGGAAAAGCUCUAUGAAAACUUAUAUACAAAGGAAAGUCUUUCAGUGACGUGAUUUUUUUUAUUUUUUUUUUUAAAUAAAGAUUGUUUGGAGGAAAGGAAAUAUUAUUUUUGAAAAAAAGCAUUUUUUUGCUAUUUUUAGAUGGUUUCCCAAAUUUAUAUUUUUAACCCUUCAUGUUAUUCUUUUAUAUUUCAUUACAAGUGUAAGUGUCGAGUUGCAUAACAAGAGAAAAAGAUAAAUUAGUACUAAGUGGCAGCUCUCAUCUUAAAUUAUAUAAAAACAAAUCAUAUCAACUGCUCUCUUACUAUUUCAUGACAUGGCAGUACUUGUAGAGAAUGGGAUAAAUAUAUUAUCAAGUAUCAUGGGAAAAAAAUUUUAAGCUCGAACUCCAAACUAAAAGUGAAAGGAACUGAAAUUCUGAAGUUAAAUGCAGAUUUCUGAAACACCUCCUGCUGUCCUGUGUUUAUCUGGAUGUAUUGAAAAUUAGUUCAUAUUUUCAAAACCACAGUAGAAUGUAUUUAUUUAUUUUUAAUGAGUCUGUGAAAUUGCAGAAUCCACCCUGAGCACCCUGCUUUGAUCAGAGAUUAACUGUAUGGCACGAUCACCACCACACAAAAAGACAUUUCUGAGAUCGACUGCUUGAACCACAUCAGCUUCCCCUGCCUCCCUGAGCGCCCUUGCGGGCUUCCCCUGCUGGUGACCAGACCUGCAGUGUGACCAGAAGUGCCACAUCUCAGCAGUGCUCUCACAGGGUUGGCUUCCUAGCCUCUGCCAGCCUCAGGAUGCUACGUUCGGACUCUUUGUCCUUUAUUUUCCUGUUAAAGAAGACAUUUCCUUUCAAUUAUGCUGCCUCAGAUCCUCUUCCAUCUGUUGCAUGGGAGAUGCUGCUGCAGAAACCCCUCCAAGCCAGUGCAGCUGCUCUGGCCAGCAACCCACCUGCCUCCUGCAGUACCUGGUUGCAGAACCUGGGCCUUCCCAGCUUGGUCUCUGUCUGACUCUUCAGCCAUCACAGUAAUUAUUUACCUCCUUUUACAUUUCCAAACCUGCUGCUAAGCAGCUCUCCAAUAUAAUAUUAGAUACACACCCAGUUACAGUCAGAUGGAAGAAGAGCUGCUGGUGCCCUGCUUGGCACUGCAGUUCAGUCUCAGCACGCUCGCCCACCCGGGUCACUGCUGCCCAGGACUUGCCCCUGGGUUUUACAAACAGCUGGACAGCACAUCCCCACUGAAGAGGACAAGACUCACUUUGAGCAGUGACUUUGUGGCUUUCCUCUCAGUGAUGAGCCUGCAUCUUGCUGCAGACAGUGUUUCACCUCCUGCAGGACACUUGAAUGCUAUACACAGCCCCCAGCCCUCUCCUUCUCACACUCUUGGCAUGGAUCCAGCUUAGCAUGGUGCUUCCAAAGCAACUUCCAAAGGAACUGGUUUCAGUCCUGGCCAGGAAGGCUCUGCAUCCCUACAACAUGACAUGCUGGGUUAACACAGACUUCCCUGUACCUGCCCACAAAACUCUGCCUUACCUGUCGGCUUUUCCACCCCACAGUGCACCCCAGUAAGGCAACUCCAUGUCUGAAGUGUGUGUGGGAAGAACCACCAGCAGCAAUAACUGAUUGUUUUCCCCUUCUGCCAGCCAGGACCAGGCUUUCCCUUAGGCACAGGCAACUAGAUGCCCUCACCCUGCUGCUUGGCCAGCUCACAGCUUGCAGCAGGAGGAACAGCUGCUGACCCAGCAAUGCAGCUCUUCUGGCAUUGUAUGCUCUCCUCAGGUGCUUCCCACAGGUGAUGAUUAUCUCCAGUUGCCUCACUUGUUCAAUAUUCUACAGCACAUGCCUUGAACUCUUGCUCUAGACUCAGUCUCACUGCUUAUAAAUAAUGAACACAGAUGUCACUCAGUAACUGUACACUGGGUUGUUUUGACCACAACCAAGAUUAAAGCUGAGAAAGUAAACUCUCCUUCAAAUGGAAAGGGGCCAUGCCCUCUAAUCAUGAGUGCAAUAGGAGCUGAUUGUAUUAUUAAACUUAUAGCAAUGACUUCAGGAAACACAAUGUGUUUUACUCAAAUUGCACACUUUUUUUGAAGAGCUGUAAAAUAGAGUAUAUGUGUAAAUAUUGCCAUCACUGAAGAAGUAUUUGUAAUUUUAGCAUAUAAAUGUAACAGGCUUUUCAGAAGGCCUGAUGGUGCCAUGAGGCUGCAUCAAGCACUCGGGUAACUCCAAAGUUGUAAAUGUAUUUGCUGUACAGAGGAAGUGUAGGAGUGCUCACUUGUCCCAGGGUCCCUUCAGGAGAGCCAGUGGCUUUCCCCAGAGUGGCUGGCACCAGCCUGAGGAGCCAGCAGCUUCAUGGAGCAACAUCCUUGUGUCCAGAGGUAGCUCCGCAGUGCACAGAGUGACUUCCAGCUGCUCGGGUGGCACGGAGGGGUGACAGCCCCCCAGUGCACCCAGGGCUGUGCACUGUCACACUGCAGCUCAGUGGACACAGAGGAGCCCCGCAGUCCUGCAGAUGGUACCUCCAGGAAGGGAAAAGAGCAGGAAGCACAGGGCAGGGUGAUACACCUUGGUGCUUCAAGAGACCCUUGACAAGGGCAAUCUCCUAGCUACAGAUCAAAGCAAUAGUUAUAUUGGUGUCAUCUCUAAUCUAGUAGACCUCAUCUCUGCCACCCUUGCACAUCACCAGCGUGGUUAAAGCAUUGCUCCAAGGCCAGCCUCCCAGGGGCUGCUCUGUAUGUGAGGAACCAUGAAGCCAUUCUUUGCAGAUGCCUCAGAUGGUCAGUAACCUAAGGACCCAAAGGAUCAUCUCCUUGGGCUGCCCAGCAUGCAGUGCAGGCUCCUGCCUUGGAGAGGCAGCACUCCAGGCUGCAUGGAAUGUAUUUUAAGAUAAUACAUCUAUUUUUUUGUAUUUGCAGACAUAUAUUUGGGCUGGGCCAGCUUAGUUAGAAGACAAGUAAUGCAAUAAAUCUUUUUGUAAUCACAGACUCAUUGAAGUUAAGCAAAUUUUCCAGGGUUACAGUAUUGCCUAUUUCCCUAAAACUAUUUGUGCCAAUCGAACCAUCAUCACUCUCUCAAAACUCUCCAUGUUUCAGCAUGCUCAGAAGAGGGAAGCCAACUCUUUCCUCCCCAUGCUGCCCAUGCAGUGGGUUCAGAUGGUGCUCACUUCCUUCCAGUUACACAGUGCUCUUAGCCUGCAUGCCAAAUGUAAACACACACUUUAUCUGCAUGUCUCUCCUGACUUGAACACUGUCAGCUCUCCAGUAUAUAACCAAUAAAAACUUCUCUUUGUA